AUGGAGGUAUUCGUUUUUGGGGACCAAAGCACACGCUUUGCCCCUCCACUGAAAGACCUACUCCUCAAAGGCAACAGUCCUUACUUGACACAUUUUGUUAAACAAGUUCACGCACUUCUUAGAAGGGAGAUAUCAUCCUUGCCGGCAGUUCAACAGAAGCUUUUUCCAAACUUUGCCGACAUUCAGGAACUCGUCUCCAAGUCAGAUUGGGGCAGUGGUAACCCUGCUUUGACAAGCGCUUUAGCAUGCUUUUACCAUCUUUGCAGUUUCAUUCACUUUUACGAUGGACAAGGUCGUACCUUUCCUUCGGAGAACAGUCGCAUUAUUGGACUUUGCGUUGGUUCACUCGCUGCUGCUGCUGUCAGUUGCUCCACAUCACUGAGUGAACUGGUAUCAGCUGGUGUAGAUGCUGUUCGUGUGGCAUUGCACGUCGGACUACGGGUAUGGCGAACUACCUCCCUUUUCGAUGUACCAGACAGGCCCUCCGCCACUUGGUCCAUAAUUGUGCCCGAGGCAGUACUACCAAGAGAAUCUGCGCAAGACCGACUUGACUCAUUCAUCAUUGAAAUGGGACUUGCUCGAUCGUCAGUUCCUUACAUCAGCUCGGUCGCACAUCACAACAUGACCAUCAGUGGUCCACCAUCCGUCCUCGAAAAGUUCAUUCACAGUAUAUCAACAUCACCGAAAGAUUCUCUUCCAGUGCCGAUCUAUGCUCCGUACCACGCCAGCCAUCUUUACAGCAUGGAUGAUGUAGACGAGGUCCUUAGCCUGUCUGCACCUUCUUUUGCAUCAGAGUCCAUCAUUCCACUCAUUUCAAGCUCCUCGGGUGACGAGUUACAGCCACUCAAGUAUGCAGAUCUACUCCGCUGCUGUGUUAGUGAUAUGCUCAUACAGCCACUGGAUCUUACCAAGGUCUCACAAGCAGUGGCCCAGCUUCUCGAGGUUAGCUCAUCUACACGUGCCAUAAUAAAGCCUAUAGCAACCAGCGUCUCCAACAGUCUAGUGUCUGCUUUGGAGCCGACGCUAGCAGAACGAUGCGCCGUGGACAACAGCAUGGGGCCCAAAGCCUCGACCAGCCACUCAUCAGCAGAGACACAAACCGAGUCAUCAAGCAAGAACUCCAAAAUUGCGAUUGUUGCUAUGUCUGGUCGCUUUCCAGACGCAGCUGACUUGGGUGAAUUCUGGGAUCUUCUCUACAAAGGUCGCGAUGUUCAUCGACAAAUUCCCGAGGACCGAUUCAACGCAGAGCUCCAUUACGACGCUACUGGGCGACGUAAGAACACCAGCAAGGUCAUGAAUGGCUGCUUCAUCAAGGAACCAGGACUGUUCGACGCUAGGUUCUUCAACAUGUCUCCAAAGGAAGCUGAGCAGUCGGAUCCUGGCCAGCGAAUGGCCCUCGAAACAGCUUACGAGGCGCUUGAGAUGGCUGGUAUCGUACCAGACAGAACACCUUCGACACAGAGAGAUCGUGUUGGUGUGUUCUACGGCAUGACUAGCGAUGAUUGGAGAGAGGUCAACAGUGGGCAGAAUGUCGACACUUAUUUUAUUCCUGGUGGCAACAGAGCGUUCACUCCUGGUCGACUCAACUACUUCUUCAAGUUCAGUGGGCCUAGCGCUAGUGUUGAUACGGCUUGCUCCUCCAGUCUCGCUGCCCUACACUUGGCUUGCAAUUCCCUCUGGAGAAAUGAUUGCGAUACAGCUAUUGCGGGCGGAACCAAUGUCAUGACUAACCCUGACAACUUCGCUGGUUUGGACCGAGGCCACUUCCUAUCAAGAACCGGCAACUGCAACACCUUUGACGAUGGAGCAGACGGAUACUGUCGAGCUGAUGGCGUCGGAACCAUCAUCCUCAAGCGGCUCGAGGACGCCGAAGCUGACAAUGACCCUAUUCUCGGUGUCAUUCUGGGCGCUUACACAAACCACUCAGCCGAAGCAGUAUCCAUCACUCGACCACAUGCCGGAGCUCAAGAGUACAUCUUCUCCAAACUCCUCCGUGAGUCGGGCACCGAUCCCUACAACGUUAGCUACAUCGAGAUGCACGGCACAGGCACUCAAGCCGGCGACGCAACCGAGAUGACAUCCGUCCUCAAGACGUUUGCUCCUACCAGCGGCUUUGGCGGUCGAUUGCCUCACCAAAACCUUCACUUGGGUUCAGUCAAGGCCAAUGUCGGGCACGGUGAAUCCGCAUCUGGUAUCAUUGCUCUGAUCAAGACGCUGCUUAUGAUGGAGAAGAACAUGAUCCCGCCGCAUUGUGGUAUCAAGACAAAGAUCAAUCACCAUUUUCCUACGGAUCUCACUCAGCGCAAUGUCCAUAUCGCCAAAGUUCCGACAUCUUGGACAAGAUCUGGUCAAGCCAAUCCACGCAUUGCUUUCGUCAAUAACUUCUCUGCCGCUGGUGGUAACUCUGCUGUCCUACUGCAAGAUGCUCCUCGGCCAUCGGUAGUUUCGGAUGUUACAGACCCUCGCUCAUCCCAUGUUGUCACUAUGUCCGCUCGAUCAGCAGAUUCCCUCAGGAAGAACCUCGCCAAUCUCAAGGAGCUUGUAGAAGGCCAAGGUGACUCGGAGGUCGACUUCCUGAGCAAGCUGUCCUACACAACCACCGCCAGGCGCAUGCAUCAUCAAUUCCGAGCUUCGGUCACAGCACAGACUCGUGAACAGCUGCUGAAGGGCCUUGAUUCCGCCAUUGAACGCCAGGAUGUGAAGAGGAUCCCCGCUGCCGCGCCCUCUGUCGGCUUUGUGUUUAGCGGCCAAGGCGCCCAAUACCGUGGUAUGGGCAAGGAGUACUUUACAUCUUUCACAGCCUUCCGCUCUGAGAUCAUGUCUUACGACAGUAUCGCCCAAGCCCAAGGCUUCCCGUCAAUCCUCCCACUGAUCCGAGGAGAGGUGGAAGCUGACUCGUUGAGUCCUGUUGAGAUCCAGCUGGGUCUCACUUGCCUGCAGAUGGCACUGGCCAAGCUAUGGAAGUCAUUCGGUGUUGAGCCAGGCUUUGUUCUCGGACACAGCUUAGGCCACUAUGCUGCUUUACACGUCGCUGGUGUUCUGUCCGCCAAUGAUACCAUUUACCUCACUGGCAUCAGAGCGCAGCUGCUCGUGGAUAAGUGCCAGGCAGGAACCCACUCAAUGCUGGCAGUAAGGGCAUCCUUACUCCAGAUCCAACAGUUCCUCGAUGCCAACAUUCACGAGGUUGCAUGUGUCAAUGGUCCACGAGAAGUCGUCAUCAGUGGACGCGUUGCCGACAUUGACCAGCUGGUUGGCCUUUUGUCGGCUGACAACAUCAAGGCGACCCGCGUCAAGGUGCCAUUUGCCUUCCACUCAGCGCAGGUUGACCCCAUUCUCUCCGACUUGGAUACAGCGGCGUCGCGCGUCACCUUCCACUCCCCCCAGAUUCCUGUUCUUUGUGCCCUUGACAGCUCUGUCAUCAGCCCUGGAAACCAUGGUGUCAUUGGUCCCCUUCAUCUACAGCGACAUUGUCGUGAGACAGUCAACUUUGAGGGUGCUCUACAUGCUGCGGAGCGCGAGAAGAUCAUCAACAAGACAUCAACUCUAUGGAUCGAGAUUGGUCCCCAUGUUGUCUGCUCUACCUUCCUCAAGUCCAGCCUUGGUCCAAGCACACCUACUAUCGCAUCGCUUCGCCGAAAUGACGAUUGCUGGAAGGUGUUGGCUGAUGGUUUGAGCAGUCUCUACAGCAGCGGGUUGACAAUUGACUGGAACGAGUAUCAUCGCGACUUCAAGGCCUCUCACCAGGUACUUCGUCUGCCUUGUUACAGCUGGGAGCACAAGAAUUACUGGAUACAGUACAAGUACGAUUGGUCCUUGACUAAAGGUGAUCCUCCAAUUGCUCCUAACAGCUCGGUUGAAGCAGUCUCAGCUUUAUCAACACCCUCGGUCCAGAAGAUUCUACAGGAGACUUCCCUUGAUCAGGUGUUGACUAUCGUUGCUGAGACAGAUCUCGCGAGCCCUCUAUUGUCAGAGGUUGCCCAAGGUCAUCGGGUCAACGGUGUCAAAGUCUGCACAUCUUCCGUGUACGCUGAUGUUGGCUUGACGCUGGGUAAGUACAUUUUGGACAACUACCGCACCGACUUAGAGGGUUAUGCGGUCGAUGUUCACGGUAUUGAGGUCCACAAGCCACUUCUUCUCAAAGAAGACAUGAACGGAACGCCCCAGGCUACACCGUUCCGCAUCGAAGUGCGAUACCCAAUCCAGAGCACCACGGCGCUGAUGAGCAUCUCCACCACUGGUCCCAACGGUCAGCACAUCAAGCAUGCUAACUGCGAACUUCGACUCGAGCAUCCGUCGCAAUGGGAAGCGGAGUGGGAUCGCCAAGCCUACCUCAUCAAUCGCAGCGUCAACUACCUUCUGCAGCGAUCAGCACAAGGUUUGGACAGCAUGUUGGCAACCGGAAUGGUCUACAAGGUCUUCUCCUCCCUCGUCGACUAUGCCGAUGGCUACAAGGGUCUGCAGGAGGUUGUCUUGCACAGCCAAGAGCUCGAGGGCACAGCAAAAGUGCGCUUCCAAACUCCCUCGGGAGGUUUCGUCUGCAAUCCCAUGUGGAUUGACAGCUGUGGUCAGACGACCGGCUUCAUGAUGAACUGUCAUCAGACUACGCCCAAUGACUACGUCUACGUCAAUCAUGGCUGGAAGUCGAUGAGAUUGGCCAAGGCGUUCCGUGAAGAUGGUACCUAUCGGACUUAUAUCCGGAUGAGGCCCAUUGAUAGCACCAAGUUCGCUGGUGACUUGUACAUUCUUGAUGAGGAUGACACUGUGGUUGGUGUUUAUGGAGACAUAACAUUCCAAGGUUUGCCGCGACGAGUCCUCAACACAGUCUUGCCAUCUGCCAACGCGGUUCCAGUUGAUGCUCCCAUGGGUCGACGGGACGUGCCUCCAUCAAGAAUGGAUGUGCCUCCCGUCAGGUCCGGUGAAGGCCCACCCACUUCAGCACCCACGCAGCAAGCUAUCGCUCUGCCGUUCGCAGCCGAUACAUCCAUGGACUCCCGAUUGAGACCUCUUCUUCGCAUCUUGUCAGAAGAGAUCGGUCUCGGUCUUGACGUUCUUUCGGACGAUGAACUCGACUUUGCGGACCACGGUGUCGACUCACUCCUCUCAUUGACCAUCACUGGUCGCAUGCGUGAGGAAUUGGGUCUCGACGUUGAAUCUACAGCAUUCAUGAACUGUCCCACUUUGGGCAGCUUUAAAUUAUUCCUAGGACUUGUCGAUCAGGACAAUAAGAGCAGCAGCGGCAGUGAUGGCAGUGGUAGGAGCAGUCCAGCACCGGGUAUCGAGUCUGGCGCUACUACACCACCUAUGAGCGAAGAGGACCAGGACAAGAUAGUCAGCAGUCACUCGCUUCACCAGUUCCAAGCCAGUUCGACGCUUCUACAGGGCAGUCCCAGUAAAGCUCGCUCGACUUUGUUCUUGCUACCAGAUGGCUCGGGAUCUGCCACAUCCUACGCUUCCCUUCCCCCGAUCUCUCCAGACGGAGAUGUUGCUGUCUACGGGUUGAACUGCCCAUGGCUGAAGGACGCUAGUUACCUCGUCGAGUUUGGACUCAAGGGCUUGACAGAGCUCUAUGUCAACGAGAUACUCCGUCGCAAGCCACAGGGUCCUUACAAUUUGGGAGGAUGGUCAGCCGGUGGCAUUUGCGCUUAUGAAGCUGCCCUGAUCCUCACCAGAGCAGGACACCAAGUCGAUCGCCUUAUCUUGAUUGACUCUCCCAAUCCCGUUGGUCUUGAGAAGCUACCUCCUCGCUUGUACGAUUUCCUCAAUUCGCAGAAUGUCUUUGGAUCAGACAACCCGCACAGCACUGCUGGAACAAGCGUCAAAGCUCCAGAAUGGCUUCUUGCACAUUUCCUGGCCUUCAUUGACGCUCUGGAUGCUUAUGUCGCAGUGCCUUGGGACUCUGGUCUAGUCGGUCUAGCAUCACCGCUCCCUGCACCGCCGCAGACAUACAUGCUGUGGGCAGAAGACGGAGUUUGCAAAGACUCUGAUAGUGCUCGUCCCGAGUACCGUGACGAUGACCCACGCGAGAUGAGAUGGCUGUUGGAGAACAGAACAAACUUUGGUCCGAAUGGUUGGGAGGCGCUACUUGGUGGUAAAGAGGGUUUGUUCAUGGAUCGGAUUGCGGAAGCGAAUCAUUUUAGUAUGUUGAAGAGAGGACGGAAUGCGGAAUAUGUCUCUGCAUUCCUGGCUCGGGCCUUGGACAAUUAG